ACAAAGAGCCGAAAACACUGAAAAAAGUAAUAAAAUGGCGCAAGCAGCUCCAGUGCAACCAAGAAUUCACAAACUCCCGAGCCCCCCACCGCCUCAAUAUUACUAUUCAUAACUUGUUGAAUUGAUUAUACUUGUUAUCAUCGCCAGACUCUGCAUUUUGAUGUUUUGCAGCCAUGACGAUCCACUUGAUCUCACUUCUACUCUUCCUCUGCAGUGAAGCUCAUGCCUCUCUAGAAUCAUCCCCGCCUACUGGUUUCUCUCUCGAUCUCAUCCACCGCGACUUCUCCCCACUAUCACCUUUUCAUGAUCCAUCAGCCACUCAUUCCCAGCGCUUCAGAAAUCUUCUUGCACGUUCGAAAUCUUUCCAUCCCAAGUGUAGAAGCCUAUCUAAGUCAAAAUCCUCAUGUGUGCCUGAGUCCAUCGUUCGACAAAUCGAUGGCCAGUACUUGAUGAAGCUGCUCAUUGGAACGCCCCCUUUCGAGGUUCUGGUUGAUGUGGAUACGGGGAGUGAUCUGACCUGGAUACAAUGCAAGCCUUGUAAGAGAUGUUUCCAUCAUGUAAAUCCUUUGUUUAAUCCGAAAGGCUCUUCGAGUUACAGGACUUUGAAGUGUGCAUCCAGGCAGUGUAAGGCAUUUGAUAAUGUCAUGGGCAAAUGCACCCGAAAGCAUAAUAAAUGUCGAUAUAACUAUACUUACGUAGAUGGAUCCGCCACUUAUGGUCAUCUGGCUACAGAGACGCUCACUCUGGGGAGAACUAAGAUAGAGAAGUAUGUUUUUGGAUGUGGUCAUGACAAUCGAGGUGAGUAUUAUGGGAAUAUGAGUUCCGGGGUACUUGGUCUUGGAGGGGGGCCGGUUUCAAUAAUUAGUCAGCUGGAGGAGUGGAUUCAGGGGAGGUUUUCUUAUUGUCUGGUGUCGUUUUUCAAGAAUGAGACUAGUACAAUUCAGUUUGGUGAACAAGCACAGGUUGCGAGUGGCAAGGCUGUUUCGACACCAUUCUUUCAAGGCCUUGAUAAGACUUCCUAUUAUUUGUACCUUGAGAAGAUGAAGGUUGGAAAUAAGUCUUUUGAAGUCCCCUGGAAGGAGAGUGGAGGGUACAUUGAGAGUGGUUUCAUAACUCUUGACUCCGGGAGUAUAAUGACUUACCUUCCAAGCGGGAAAUUGUAUGAUGGUAUUGUUGCCACAUUGAAGGAAGCUAUGGGUGAUGUUGAGACCAUUGAUGAUCCAGAGGGGAACUUUCACUUUUGUUAUAAAACAAAUGCAAAUGUGAAACCACCCCCGAUUGCCUUCCAGUUUAAGGAUGCCACACUAGAAAUUCCUCAGACGAGUACGUUUGUUGAAGCGGCGGAUGGGGUGAGUUGCUUCACUGUGGCACCCACGCGGUGGCCUAUUCUUCACCCCAUCUUUGGAAGCAUAAUGCAAUGGAACUUCUUGGUCUCUUAUGAUCUUCGGAAAAAGAUGGUUUCUUUUCAGGCUUCAGAUUGCAGCAAACAAAUUCUGAAUUAACUUGUGUACUAUGAAUUUGAAUAAAACUUGUAUCUUCAAAUAAA